GCUGGGCCAGCGGAAUGCUACGUGUCUUGGAAGCUGCAAGUCCCUUUUAAACCCCCCUCUUCUUCUUCGAUUACCAAAUUUUGGAGGUUACUAACUCCCUCAUCCAGGCCCGUGCGUGUGUGUGUCUGUGUGAAGCUGUCCGAGCCCCGGUGUUCAGCAGUCUGUCGGCGGUGUUACGCUCGUGCGAAAUGUCGGGAGUGAAAAAGCUUCGUACGAAUCUCAACAGGGCGACCAAUGUGGUGUACCAGGCCCACCAUGUCAGCCGCAGCAAGAGAGGGCAGGUCGUGGGCACCAGGGGCGGCUUCAGAGGCUGUACUAUCUGGCUCACUGGUUUGUCAGGUGCCGGUAAGACUACUAUCGGUUUUGCCCUGGAAGAAUUCCUCGUGUCCCACGCUAUUCCUUGCUACUCACUGGACGGAGACAACAUUCGUCACGGCCUGAACAAGAAUCUGGGCUUCUCUGCCGAAGACCGCGAGGAGAACAUCCGUCGUGUUGCCGAGGUGGCCAAACUGUUUGCCGACGCUGGGAUGGUGUGCGUCACCAGUUUCAUCUCUCCUUUCGGCAAGGAUCGCGAUGAGGCGAGGAAGAUCCACGAAGCUGCCGGUCUACCAUUUUUUGAGGUGUUCGUCCACGCUUCUCUCGAGGUGUGUGAGAGCAGGGAUGUAAAAGGACUUUACAAGAAGGCUCGCGCUGGAGAGAUCAAAGGUUUCACUGGCAUCGACUCAGAUUAUGAGCGUCCUGAGGCGCCAAAGCUUGUGCUGAAAACUGGAGAGCUCUCAGUGACUGAGUGCCUCCAUCAGGUGUUGGAGCUGCUCAGGGAGCAGAAUAUCGUACCAGGUGAGAUCAUGGAUGAGGUGAAUGAACUCUUUGUUAAGGAGAACAGCGUGAAUCUGGCUGUGGCUGAUGCAAAAACGCUUCCCACCAUCAGCAUCACCAAGUUGGAUCUACAGUGGGUGCAGGUCUUGUCAGAAGGCUGGGCUAGCCCCCUGAAGGGCUUCAUGAGAGAGAGAGAGUUCCUCCAGGUCUUACACUUUGGCAACCUGCUGGAUGGUGGGGCCAUCAACAUGUCAGUUCCCAUCGUCCUGCCUGUUAGUGCCGAGACCAAGCAGGAGCUGGACGGCUGUGCGGCUGUAGCUCUGGAGUACCAGGGUUUACGUGUGGCUAUUCUCAGGAACCCCGAGUUCUACCCACACUGCAAGGAGGAACGCUGUGCCAGACAGUGGGGCACCACUUGUCCACAGCACCCUUACAUUAAGAUGGUUAUGGAGGGAGGUGAUUGGCUAGUAGGUGGUGACCUGAAGGUGCUGGAGCGAAUCAAAUGGAACGAUGGACUUGACCAGUACCGCCUUACUCCACGGGAGCUCAAGCAGAAGUUCAAAGACAUGAAAGCAGAUGCAGUAUUCGCUUUCCAGCUGCGCAACCCGGUGCACAACGGUCACGCCCUGCUGAUGCAGGACACCAAGCGCCGCCUGCUGGAGCGAGGCUACAAGAAUCCGGUCCUCCUGCUGCACCCGCUCGGCGGCUGGACCAAAGAUGACGAUGUGCCUCUGGACUGGCGGAUGAAGCAACAUGCUGCCGUGCUGGAGGAGGGCGUCCUGAACCCAACCAGCACCAUUGUUGCCAUCUUCCCCUCUCCUAUGAUGUACGCUGGACCCACAGAGGUUCAGUGGCACUGUAGAGCCAGAAUGAUCGGCGGAGCAAACUUCUACAUAGUUGGCCGGGACCCAGCAGGCCUGCCUCACCCAGAGACUAAGCAGGACCUGUAUGACCCCACCCACGGAGGCAAGGUCCUCACCAUGGCCCCGGGCCUCACCUCUGUGGAGAUCAUCCCCUUCAGGGUCGCUGCCUACAACAAGAUGAAGAAGGCUAUGGACUUUUACGACAAAGAGAGACAUGCUGAGUUUGAGUUUAUCUCAGGAACCAAGAUGAGGAACAUGGCUCGGAGCGGAGAGAACCCUCCAGAUGGUUUCAUGGCCCCCAAGGCCUGGAAGGUGUUGGUCGAUUACUACACCUCUCUGCAGAAGGACAAGUAAACAACACAGCGCUCAGCUCACCAGUGAAAAGCAUUGGUUCUUAAAGGGGAUUACAAAUAUUUUAUAUAGAGUUUUGUUUAAUCUUAUACAAAAUUACUCAUUAUUAUUCUGUCAGGUGUGGCGGUUUUGUCAAGUCUUCACCAAAUCAAAAUGACUUGUCUUAUGCAGUCACAUUUUUUACAUUCCUAUAAAGCGAUGUGAUUUAUGAAUCCAUUGUAUGUUUAUAUGCAUAUUAAUUUAAUCUAUGUAUUUUAAUAAAUUAAAGGUAACUUGAGAUUCUUAUUUUUUUUUUUUUUACUUUAAGAGCACAUCCCAAAAAAGGGAAAUCAUUUUCAAAUGUAACGUCUGAAGGCUGCUUGACAAAAGAAAUGUUAUAGCAUUUUAUGGCUAUUACUUCACUGUCUGUCAAGUUAUUUGUAUGACCUCAAUGAAACUUACUUGCAGUUUUAUCACUACCUGCAGUGCCUAUUUGUUUUACAUGUAUGGAUGUUGAUUAAUUCAUAUUGUGAAAUACAUCAGAGAUUUUUUAAUAAUGUGAAACUGCCUUUCUCUCAAAUGUCAACACUAAAGAAGAAGAAUUGUUGCUGGCAUUUGCCUGAAAUGUCUCUGAGAUGUGUGUGAUUUUAUAAAGUGUGCAUGUGCAUUCAUGUAAUAAAGACCAGUUUUAAGAAGACAAAUGCAGUAAUAAAGAAACAAAUGUG